CCCAUCGAUGGCUCUGUAAAAAGCUUGAAAUGAUUGCUGCUUGAAUCGCUCUGAAAUUGGCGGGCCAUCCCAUCCAGCUCCCCGACAUUGACGAACUCGCAAGCUGGUCCUCACUUAACAUCUCUUUCAUUCCUUUCCAGCGCUUCUUCUUCAGAAAGAUGUCGACUGCAAGAAAUUAGGUAUAAUUAUCAUUUGCAAAUUCACAAUCGACGGGGAUUCGUAACUAGCGGUUGUAUUUUGUAUUUCGGAAGAGAUUUGGUGUCUUUUAUACGCGUUCAGUUGAUUUGUUCGAACGAAUGGUGCUACAGAUUGGUUGGGUUUUUGGCAAUUUCUUCCAUCGUCAUUUAACUUAAUAUGGAGAUCCGGAGGCUGCUCAUUAUCUCAAUUAUGAUACUUUUUGUUCUAUUUGUUUUUCAAUAUUUUGUGUUUCGGUAUACAAAAACGUUGCCCCUAUCGCCCGACGAUAAGGACUCAAUGUUUAUGGUGGUUCAUAAUGUCUGUCACUUGAACGAUUCGGGACUUUGUAGAUUUCAUCCAACUGAUACGGGUAUUGACAUCUUGGAUACAAAGGAGAAUUUUGAUUAUGAUACUAACAAAAAAGUAAGAGAAGAAACAGUUGGUUCGAGUCAUUUGACUUCAGAAAACUUGAAUAAAGAGUCCUUUGAUGAGAAGGGCAAAACUGUUUAUGAGGGUUUGGUAUUGGAAAAUGAUAAUCAGACAGAGGAUGAAGAAUUAGGUUACAGUCCCCUGAUGAAGGGAGAUGUUUUAGUGGAUAGUAACAUGACAGCUGAUGAAGGUAAAGGCAGUAGCAGUCUAGGGAUGAGUGGAAUUGCAAACCAAGUUACUUUUGUUUCAAAUCAAUCCCAAGGAACUAUCAACAAUAGCGUUAAAAAAGUUGAUCAGACAUAUUCUGACAUUUCUGUUACUUCAAACACUUCUGGCCAGGAAGAGAAUAUCAAAAACAGAAUGGAAAAACUAGAAAACAAUAAUAGGAUUGAGCUAGAGAAGAAAGAUUCGGUUGUCUUGAAUGACAAAGUGGUGGGGUCUGAGGUAUCAAGAUUGAGUGGACCAUUUAUAUCCAUAUCUCAAAUGUAUUCAAAGUUAUCAAGGGCUUACAACUCUCCUUGUUUGAAGAGGCCACAAUGUCGACAGACGUCUGGGCAUGAUCGUGAACUACACUAUGCCAGACAGGAGAUUGAAAACGCUCCUGUGCUAAGGAGCACUCCAGAAAUUAGUGCCUCUAUUUUCAGAAACAUUUCGAUGUUUACAAGGAGUUACGAGUUGAUGGAAAAAAUGCUUAAGGUCUAUGUAUAUGAGGAAGGAGAAAAACCCGUUUUCCAUCAGCCUAUAUUGACAGGAAUUUAUGCCUCAGAAGGAUGGUUUAUGAAAUUGUUGGAAGAAAGCAAUAAGUUUAUUGUGAAGGACCCUGAGAAAGCUCAUUUAUUCUAUCUGCCCUUCAGUUCACAGUUUCUAAGGUCCGCAUUUGGAAAUAAAUUCCGCAACAAGAGGGACCUACAAAAACUUCUCAAGAAGUUCAUUGACUUAAUUGGGAAGAAGUAUCGUUUUUGGAACAGAAAUGGAGGAUCAGAUCAUUUUCUAGUUGCCUGUCAUGACUGGGCCCCCAAACUCACAAAGCGUGUGGUGAAGAAUUGCAUCAGAGCGCUCUGCAAUGCGAAUGCUGCUGCAGACUUCGAAAUUGGAAAAGACACCAGUUUACCAGUAACUUUUGUACAUUCAAUGGAGGACUCCAUAAAGGAUAUCGGAGGGAAACCUCCUUCCGGAAGGACCGCAUUGGCCUUCUUUGCUGGGAGCAUGCACGGCUAUCUCCGACCUAUUCUUCUACACUACUGGGAAAACAAAGAGCUUGACAUGAUGAUUGUUGGCCCAAUGCCAAAUGGUAUUGAAGGGAAAAGAGCCUACAUGGCGCAAAUGAAGAGCAGCAAGUACUGCAUAUGCGCUCGGGGUUACCAAGUUCAUACUCCUCGGGUGAUUGAAGCGAUUCUUAACGAAUGCAUCCCGGUCAUCUUAUCAGAUAAUUACGUACCUCCCUUCUUCGAGGUAUUGAAUUGGGAAUCAUUUUCGGUGUUCGUAAAAGAGAGAGAGAUACCGAAAUUGAGAGACAUUCUCCUCUCAAUCCCAGAGGAGAACUACCUUGCAAUGCAUUCAAGAGUGAAAAUGGUGCAACAACAUUUCCUUUGGCACGAAAAGCCUGCGAAGUAUGACGCAUUUCACAUGAUCCUUCAUUCAAUAUGGUACACAAGAGUGUUUCAGAUCAAAACCAACUGACAUAGGCAGACUUUUUUUUCUCUGGAUUUAACAAGGAAGUCAAUUAUGCAAUUAUCAAGGAGACAGCAGAUGAAGUGAUGCAAAGACACUGUAUCGCCAUGCUCUGUCAAACGUAACUUAGUUCUUUAUGCCAGCAAAGAGGAGCUCCUACAGUGGGUCUCGUAGAAUUCACAAUAAGUAUAGUUUCCUCAAAUCUUACAAUGUCAAGAACAUAUUUUUUUCUUUUUUCACACUCAAAAAAUUGAUUUCAUCCUAUUUUUGAUAGGCCAUGAAAUAGAUAGUUAAGAGGACACAGGUUUGUUACUUGGGACCAUAUUUAUUCAGAAUGUAGUGAAGAAGGAGGAGACUGUGAAAAAUGCUCUUAGAUACGUAUCAAAAGUUUACUUUUGGAUGAA